AUGGGCAAGAGCCCCGUCGUGACUGAUGACGACCUGAGAUACCCGCAGAACUGGCGUGAUGCCGAUGCAGCCAAGUCAGCCAAGGUCGGACACCAGCAAGAUGGCAGGACCGUCUGUCUGCAUUCGCUUGCUGUUUCCCCGAAACUGCACGGCACUGGCAUAGGCAAAAUUACAUUGACCUCGUAUAUCCAGAUCAUAAACGACUCAGGCGUUGCUGACCGGAUCGCCUUGAUCUGCGAGGAUCAUCUCGUGGGGUUUUACAAGAAGUUCGGGUUCAGGGAACUGGGCGCGAGUCAAGUGACCUUCGGAGGCGGCGGCUGGUACGAUAUGGUGAGAGCGCCUCCCGUUGCUUCGUCUAAAGAUGCAGACACCGGAGCAAACUCGCUGACCUCCUCUACGAAGGUUCUCGACCUUGAUGGCCCGGCUCAGAAGGGCUGA